UUUUUUUUUUUUCUUACUUAUCUCUCAUCUCUUACAUUAAACAAACUUACAAAAAAAAAUGCAACACAUUGAUUCUUCUAAACUCUACUCUGACGGUCAAUACCGUUUUGAAUUCGUCUCCAAAUUCAUGGAUUUUGGUGCUGAGGAUAUCAAGGCUAUUGAAGCUGUAGCUGACAAGGUUCGCCCUUUGGUCCCUGUCGUUGUUGAUGCUGUCUAUGCCAAACUUUUUGAAUUUGACGUUACCAAGAAACACUUUGUGCCCAAGAAUGAAGGUUUUGAAGGUGAAGCCCCUGUCUCUCUUGAAGAACUUACCUUGGAUCAUCCCCAGAUCAAGUUCCGUAAAGACUUUCUCGGCAAGUACCUUUACAAGAUUCUCUCGGGUCCUUAUGACGAUCGCUUCCUUCGCUACCUUGAUUGGGUCGCCAAGAUCCACACAGAUACACCUGCUAAGAAAUCCAAGAUCAAUGUCGACUAUAUUCAUAUCAACGCUUUGAUGGGUUUUGUUGAAUCUACUUUGGCUGGUGGCUUAAUGUCGCUCAAUUUGGACCGCGAGACUGAACUCAAAGCUCUUUUGGCUUUCAACAAGUUGCUUUGGAUCCAAAACGAUUAUUUUGCAAAGUACUACUGUAAUCCUGAAACGAUCCAUGAUGCCAAGAUUGUCCCUAAGCAAGAGUUCUCUCUUUCCAGUUUGGCUUCACCUGCUAGUAUUCUUCCUCUCGCUAUUGGUGCUGUUGCUGGUGCUUUAGGUGUUUAUUAUCAUUUUAGACGUAUCUAAAGUUGUCGUUCUUAUACUAUGCUUUUGUAAAUAUAAAUAUAUUUUUUAAUACCUAGAUUUCAGUAUGAGCACAAUCCUUUUAUAAAUAAGAGAAGUCAUAAUGCUAGUGAAACAAUAACCCAACAUAAAUAGAGACAUUGCUUAACUCUUGAAUAUUGAUAUGUUGCUUACUAUUUGUCAUGUCCAAAGCUAUUCUAUUUAACCUUAAAAGUGGCAUACAUUAUAAUACACCUUGCUUGUGCAUGUUAUAUGUAUUAGAUACUACAGUGUACAAAGAACUUUGGAUGUUUAAAUCAAGUCGCCUUUUUUCGUCGUAUUAAAUUUGUUUUCUGAUUCCGGUUGGAUCAGACCUACAUUGGGUC